AUGCCUCCCCUCACGAGCUCCCUCCUCUCCCGCUCCACCGCCCGCGGCGUGGGGGCGGCCGCUGCGAUCUCCAGGCCCGCCGCGGACGCCGCCCCUUCCUCCUCGUCCCCGCCUGCCCGCUCGACCCCGACCCCGAGGCUGCGCCCCAGCCCGGCGUCGCCCUUCGCGUCCGGCCUCGCGGGCCGCCUCUUCGGCGGCCACCGCGCCGCCGCCCGCUCCGCGUCGUCUGCGACCGCCGUCUUCGAGCGCCGGUUCGCCUCAGCUGCGACCAGGAACUCGUACGAUGAAAUCCUGACGGGGCUCAAGAGGCCAGGAGGCGGAGAGGAGUUCGGCAAGUACUACAGCCUGCCUGCGCUCUCCGAUCCGCGGAUUGAUCGGCUCCCAUAUUCUAUAAGGAUUCUUCUCGAGUCGGCAAUCAGGAACUGCGAUGACUUCCAGGUCACCGGGAACGAUGUUGAGAAGAUCUUGGAUUGGGAGAAAAGUGCACCGAAGCUAGUUGAAAUCCCGUUCAAGCCCGCCCGUGUCCUCCUCCAGGAUUUUACUGGUGUCCCGGCUGUUGUUGAUCUUGCAUGCAUGAGGGAUGCUAUGAGCAAACUUGGCAGUGACCCAAACAAAAUUAAUCCUCUGGUACCUGUAGACCUUGUUAUUGAUCAUUCAGUACAAGUCGAUGUCGCAAGAUCAGCAAAUGCUGCUCAGGCAAAUAUGGAGCUUGAGUUCCAUCGUAACAAGGAACGGUUUGGGUUCUUGAAAUGGGGGUCCUCUGCAUUCCGCAACAUGCUUGUUGUUCCACCUGGAUCUGGCAUUGUCCACCAGGUGAAUCUUGAAUAUCUGGCCAGGGUUGUGUUUAACAAUGGUGGGAUCCUUUACCCUGACAGCGUCGUAGGCACUGACUCUCACACAACUAUGAUAGAUGGUCUUGGAGUUGCUGGGUGGGGAGUUGGUGGUAUAGAGGCGGAAGCUGCAAUGCUUGGCCAGCCAAUGAGCAUGGUCUUGCCAGGUGUUGUUGGCUUUAAGUUAUCAGGCAAGCUGAAAAAUGGAGUUACAGCCACAGACUUGGUUCUAACAGUAACUCAAAUUCUUCGGAAACAUGGUGUUGUUGGGAAAUUUGUUGAGUUUUAUGGGCAAGGCAUGAGUGAAUUGUCACUUGCUGAUCGGGCGACCAUCGCAAAUAUGUCUCCAGAAUAUGGCGCAACUAUGGGUUUCUUCCCAGUUGAUGGAAAGACACUGGACUAUUUGAAGCUUACUGGCCGAAGUGAUGAUACGGUGGCCAUGGUUGAGUCCUACCUGCGUGCGAAUAAGAUGUUUGUUGAUCACAGCCAGGUCGAAGCUGAAAGAGUAUAUUCUUCCUAUCUAGAACUUAACCUGGAAGAGGUAGAACCAUGUCUAUCAGGACCAAAACGGCCUCAUGAUCGAGUGACAUUGAAGAAUAUGAAGUCUGAUUGGCUUUCUUGCUUGGACAGUGAUGUAGGAUUCAAGGGUUUUGCUGUCCCCAAAGAAUCACAGGGCAAAGUUGCAGAAUUUUCUUUCCAUGGGACUCCUGCAAAGAUUAAGCAUGGUGAUGUUGUAAUUGCAGCAAUAACCAGUUGCACAAACACAUCAAAUCCUAAUGUAAUGCUGGGAGCUGCUUUGGUUGCCAAGAAGGCUUGUGAGUUAGGCCUGGAGGUAAAGCCAUGGAUUAAGACGAGCCUUGCACCUGGUUCCGGUGUUGUGAAGAAGUACUUGGAUAAGAGUGGUUUGCAGAAAUAUCUCGACCAGCUUGGCUUCCAUAUUGUUGGUUAUGGUUGCACAACCUGCAUUGGAAAUUCCGGAGAGCUUGAUGAAUCCGUGUCUGCUGCAAUUACUGAGAAUGAUAUUGUUGCUGCUGCUGUAUUGUCCGGAAACAGGAACUUUGAAGGACGUGUGCAUCCUUUAACCAGAGCAAAUUACCUUGCUUCCCCUCCUCUUGUUGUGGCUUAUGCCUUGGCUGGCACGGUUAAUAUUGAUUUUGAGAAAGAACCUAUUGGCAUAUCGAAAGAUGGGAAAGAGGUUUACUUCCGGGAUGUUUGGCCAUCAACAGAAGAGAUAGCCGAGGUUGUCAAGUCAAGUGUGCUCCCUGACAUGUUCAAGAGCACAUAUGAGUCCAUCACCAAAGGAAAUCCUAUGUGGAAUGAGCUGUCAGUCUCAACAAGCACUCUCUACCCCUGGGAUCCAUCAUCUACAUACAUCCAUGAACCUCCUUACUUCAAGGAUAUGACAAUGACUCCUCCUGGCCCGCGGCCAGUGAAGGAUGCAUAUUGCCUUCUGAACUUUGGUGACAGUAUCACAACUGAUCACAUCUCACCUGCCGGAAACAUUCACCCAGACAGCCCAGCUGCAAAAUAUCUGAAGGAGCGUGGUGUUGAAAGGAAGGACUUCAACUCAUAUGGUAGCCGAAGAGGAAAUGAUGAGAUCAUGGCUAGGGGAACCUUUGCCAACAUUCGUCUUGUGAAUAAGUUCUUGAAGGGUGAGGUUGGACCCAAGACAAUCCAUGUUCCAUCUGGGGAGAAGCUUGCAGUUUUUGAUGCUGCUAUGAAAUACAAGAAUGAAGGGCAUGACACUAUUAUCCUGGCUGGUGCCGAGUACGGGAGUGGAAGCUCUCGGGAUUGGGCUGCAAAGGGCCCAAUGCUGCAGGGAGUGAAGGCUGUGAUAGCGAAGAGCUUUGAGAGGAUUCACCGCAGCAAUCUUGCUGGCAUGGGAAUCAUCCCUCUAUGCUUCAAAGCAGGGGAUGAUGCAGACACCCUGGGCCUAACCGGCCAUGAGCGCUACACUGUCCACCUUCCAACCAAUGUGAGUGAGAUCAAGCCUGGCCAAGAUGUUACCGUGACAACUGAUAAUGGGAAGUCGUUCACUUGCACACUCAGAUUCGACACUGAGGUGAAGCCAUUAUUCCAUUUGCUUCAAGCAAUUUUGAAACGAUUGUUACGAAAGCUGAUUGUUACACCGAAUGGCCCUAAUUUUGCUGCUGCAGUAGAUGGCGGGGGUGCUGCGAAGGGAGAUGAGGAGGGUGGGAAGAAAGGUGGAAAAAAUGGAAAGUUCAAGCGGCUGGACAAAAUCAGGCCAGCGAAGGGAGAUGGUGGGAAGGGGGAGAAGCUUGAGAAAAAGAGGAAGAUGGACAUAGAUGAGGUACCGGAGGAGGCUGGAGUGAAGAAAGUGAAGGGGGCAGAGGUGUCGGAGCUGUACCAGGACAAUGUUGUUAAGAGCGCGGGGCCGGCGGACCGGUCUUGCGGGACCCAAUGA